AUGAAAUCCCCACCGGACUUAUAUGGAGCAAAGGCAACCAUUAGUGUGUGGAAGCCGGAGAUAGAAAAAGGCGCGGAUGAGAUGUCCAUUUCGCAAAUAUGGAUUAGUUCGGGACGUUAUAUAACCAACAAUCUCAAUACGAUAGAAGUUGGCUGGCAGAGUGAUGGAUACAAUAAAACGGGGUGCUAUAAUCUCCGUUGCGGUGGCUUUGUACAAACCAAUAACAACAUUGUACUCGGUGGUUCUAUUUCUCCUGUCUCGACUUUCAACGGUAACCAGUUUGAGAUCUCUGUCUUUGUAUGGAAGGACCGACUACAUGGAAACUGGUGGCUCAGUUUGGGGGACGACAAUACUCUAGUAGGCUACUGGCCUGCGGAAAUUUUUACAACAUUGGCCGAUCAUGCAGGUCUAGUGCAAUGGGGUGGUGAGAUCACCAAUGCGCAGACAUUUGGAAGACAUACGACGACCCAGAUGGGGUCUGGUCGCUUCCCAGAAGAAGGUUUCAGGAAAGCAAGUUACUUCAGGAACCUGGAGAUCGUAGAUCACAACAACAGUCUACUGUCCAUCGAAAGUAUCGAUACACAGGUAGAUGACCCGAAAUUGUACGACUUGAACAACCAUUUUACAGAUGAAUGGGGGAGUUAUUUCUUCUAUGGGGGAGGACCAGGAUCAAGCCGUCUGCACUCCGGAGCCGUUCGUUCUUCAUUGAAUUCGUUUUACGUUUACUUAUGUUUUGGUUUUCUCUUUAUCAAUUAGAUUCCUUUGUUUGCGUAUUUUUAUUAGCGGUGAGCUUUAGUCAUAAGAAAACUCUCUAUAUCAUGUAUAUAUAUUUUUAAUCACAUAUUCGAAGUUCGUUUGCAUGAGAGUCAU